CGCCGGAGUUCGUACGUCUUCUGUUUUUUUGCCAUUCCCACCGCUGGUCGACUCUCCUUUCAGUUACGGUACUACAUGGCUGUUGCGGAGAGGAACGAAAUCUGAAGCCCGGUUCAUGACGAUUAUACUCUGUACUCUCUUGAGGCUGCAUUCGGAAAGUUUCGCAACGACUCGAUCCGCCCCGCCCCCCUGCGUCCUCCCUGUGUCCGACCGACCUGGAACGCUGUGACUUACGUCGUGAUCACCCAACGCACAUACGCAACGAGUCGAGUCAGGGGCUGCCGCUCGCCGGGCCGGAAAACCCGGGCCUUCGGUCCGCAUUCUUUCUUCUUCUUCUUCUUCCGCUCACCCCAAUCCCGGAUGCCGACCGGGAUUGAAACCCGCGACUCGGGGUCGGCGGCCCAUUCGGCCAGCAGCGAGGCCGGCAUCGCCGCGCCGUACGGGCGGGCGUGUACCAACUGCUCCCGGGCCAAAUGCAAAUGCAUCCUCCGCCCUGUCGGCGGGGCGUGCGAGCGCUGCCACCGCCUCAGCAAGACGUGUCAGCCGAGUAACCCGAUCCGCAGGCGCUCCAAGAAGCCGCCUUCCAGCAGGACGGCCCAGCUGGAAGAGAAGCUCGAUGGCCUCGUCACGUUGCUGCGCCAAUCGGGCCGUCCGGAUCUCCCUGCCGACCUCGGCGUCGACUUCAACAUUCCCGGCGUCAUCCCCUCGUCAUCAUCGACGGCGACGACGAAGGCGGUCAGGGAGCCAUCUUCGGACAUGCGCCGCAGCAGUGAGUUCUUUUCGGCAUCGUCCCACGGAGACGGCGGCGGCGGCAACGAUCGCACGAGAGCGGACUCGUUGCCAACGCCGACGCAGACCGCGAGCCCCGAGGGGCCGGGGUACGGUGACGAGCUGCCGUCUCCGGACGAGGCGGAGGCGCUGUUCGAGGCCUUCCGGGGCCAGAACCUGAAGUAUUUCCCCUUUCUGAAUUUCAGGGCCACCAUGACGGCGCAGGAGCUCCGGGCCGAGCGGCCGUUCCUGUGGAUCUGCAUCAUGACGGUUGCGUCAAGGGUGUCGAGCCAGCAGCUCGCGCUGGGCCAGCGGGUGCGGCAGAUUGUGAGCCAAAAGCUGGUCGUCGAGAACGAGCGGAGCAUCGAUUACCUGCUCGGACUGUUGGUUAUUCUGGGAUGGGCGAACCACCAGCUUGGUAAUAAGCCUUUCAUGUGUCUGUUUUGCCAGAUUGCCAUCGGGCUCAUCUUUGACUUGGGCAUAUCCCGCGAUCCCCUGGAUGGUCUGAACCCCUUUCUAUGUUGGAAGGCCGCUCAGGAGAGGGCCACCCAGGAGAAAACCGGGAUGGUCUGCCCGACUCUCUACGUCAAGUCGCAGAUGCCGCGGACAAUGGAGCAAAGGAGGGCGGUCGUUGCGGGCUACCUGGUCACCUCGGCCGUCGCAAGUUUCCUGGGAAAGAUGGACCCCCUACGCUGGACGUCGCACAUGGACGAGUGUCUCCAGAUCCUCGACGAACAGCCAGAAAGCCCCUCGGACCGUAGUCUCGCCGCGCUCGUCAAGAUGCAGCUGCUCAAGGACGAGGCCGGCAAGCUGUCAUCUCGUUCCGACGCGAUGCUGGAGGCUAUGGACGGCCCAAAGACACCGAUGGCCAUGUACGUCAAGGUACUGCAGACUCAGCUGCAGCGCAUCAUCCAGAGUCUGCCCUCGGAGCUGCAAAGCACAGACAGCAUCAUCGCCCAACUCCACUGCACGGAGCUCGCCAUCCAAGAGACGGCCCUCUCGACAAAGACGGGCGCCUGCGUUCCCGCCAACCUGCCCGACGUCGCCCGCCUCGACAUCUUCUACGCAUGCCUGCACGCCGUCAAGGCCUGGUUCGACCACUUUUUCACCCUUCCGCCAGCGGCCUACUUCUCGAUCCCUUUCCUCUGCUUCGCGCAGCUGAGCCACUGCACCGUCGCGCUGUACCGCCUCUCGGUGCUCGAAGACCCGGUUUGGGACCGCGCGAGUGUGCGCUCCACCAUCGACCUCAUUGCGACGCUCGACGAGGUCGGCGACCGCUUCGGCCGGGUGUGCGCCGAGGUGGGGCUCGACGUCGACGUCGAGGACGGCAAUGCCUUCACCAAGGCCGUCAAGACGAUCAAGGGUCUCAGGAGCACGUGGGAGGCGGCUAUGGCGCCGUUGGCGAAAGCGGAUCCGGCGGCGGCGGCAAGUGGCGUCUCCGGCGCGGGUCCGGGGAUGCUCACGGCCGGAGGGGUGCCGAUGCCGGCCGGGUUAGGGGAGGUCGAGAUGGGACAAUUGGGGUUGGAAUUGAUGGACAAUCGGUGGUUUACCGACAUCUUCACGCCGUUUGAUUUUUGAUAUCUUUGAUUGAUGGGAGGAGGUUCAAGGCGCAAGUACGGUCAGGGCAUGUAUGGAUGGGUUCAUUGGUGGAUCGGCCGACUAGCGAUUCGGGUUACGAUUCUGGCGGUGAUACCUGGAAAACCUUUUUUUCUUGUUUUUUUCACACCGUCGUGCUCGCCGCUCAACAGUUCUGUGGCGUGUAUGUCUGAUGGAGUGUAACAUCAACACUUGUUUUGUCUUGUCCCUCACUCUUACUCCGGAUGUCGUUUUUGUAGCAUAGUGUUGCGUUUUCGGAGAUGUAUGAGUUCGGCCUAAGGUGUCUGACGAGUACCAUGCAGAGCAGUGUUACUAGCAUCAGUGAUAUCACCAAGGUUGGAGUACAUUAUCC